AUGCAUUCUAAUCCUGUACGAAAGAAUGUGAAAAAAGAGGGGAAAGUAUCAUCACUUGGCAUUGAUAUAGUUGAUAAGAUAUAUGAGAGAUAUUAUUUUAUGUACAUUCGCAUAAUUAACAGUGUAACAGUUCUUCAAUGGGCUUGGAGGACUUACAAGUUGAGACCUGAGACAUGGGCAAGUCGAGUUUGGAAUAUUGUGAGGAAUGAUACUACUCCUGAUGAAAAGAAGUUUUUAGCUAAAGACGUACCUGCAUAUCAUCAGAAAUGUCGAUAUAAUAAUUAUUCUUCACUCGAGUGGGCAGAAAAGAAGAAAGAUCAGUUAAAAGCACAAUUAGAUAAUGUAGUAUACAUAGUUACUUUUAUAGUAUUACAUCAGCAAGGCUAUAGAAUCGUUUAUUAUGGUAGUUGGUCUUAUAUGUUAAAGUGGUUAUCAAAUCCAGAAUAUUACCAUAUUGACAAAAAAUACUGGAAUUGUGAUAAUGAAAACUUUGUUAUAAGUUCAGAAUAUACGCGAUAUAUGUGUAAAAUAGCAGGCAAGCCAUAUCCAUGUAAUUCGCUAAAAAUCGACUAUUUCAAAAUUGGAUAUAUUGAUAUCUUGCGAAAGAAAACUAGUAUAGACUUUUUAAAUUUAAACAAUAAUUGUGAAUAUGUGUGUUGA